CAAGAUGUGAUCCCCCCUCCGACGACUGAAGGAGUUAAGUCUAUACUAAAAAUAUACAAAAUGACUCGGUCCUGCCAGACCUCGCAACACCACCACCAGAUCGAUAGCCGCGAACCCAAACAAGCGUCUCCCAUUUUCCAUGGAUUUACCUUGCCUACCAUUCUAAAGCGCUGCUGGCUUUCCACACCCGACGACCUCAAUCCCCUCGAACGCUGCCCCUUGCUCCUCCCUCCACCAUCCUUCACGGAGAAAUAUGGUAGUUGCCAGAAGAUCCUCCAUUAUGGCACCCACAGCUCCGUCCGACUCUACACACGACCCGUCAUUUCGUCGCCUGCGUUUCCCACCACCAGAAAGCCGCCCUUGGUCCUCCAGCGCCAUGUGGUAAAGAUCUUCCGCCCUUCGUCCAGUCCCUCAGUCGUCACAUCCCAACGCUUCGAACAGGCUCUCUCCUCCGCAAUCUCUCAUCCGAACGUCUGUCGCACCCUCGAUGUCCUGCUGAACGAGCGCGGCGAGAUGUGCCAGGUCAUGGACUAUUGCUCUGGCGGAGAUCUCAGCAUGCUCAUCACGAUGUCGCCGCAGCGGAGUUUAGACGUUUGCACCGCGAACUGUUUCUUCAAGCAGAUCGUCCGGGCGGUGGCGUUCUUGCAUGAGAAUAACAUUGCACACUGCGAUCUGAAGACGGAGAACAUCUUAUUGACGCCGAACGGGGCGGUCAAAGUGGCGGACUUCGGACGCGCGCAGUGGCUGGGGACCGGGAAAGUUGGGAUGAAUAGCUCCGAGGGCCAGGGGGGAGAAAGCGAGCAACGGGAGGGUGAAGAGGAGGAUAGACUAUGUCGAUCGCAAUCCUUGUGUCAGUCUUUGUUUCUGCGCCGAGCUGCCCAGGGGUCGUGCUACUCCCCGCCGCGAAAAGUCCUCGGCUCAAUCGCCUAUCUUCCGCCAGAAGGGCUGUGUCCCCAGCAGGGCAUGCCGGAUCGUCGAGCCGGCGAUGUCUGGGCCAUCGGGCUGAUCUACAUGGCAAUGAGAUGUGGUCGCCCACUCUGGCGGAGGGCCAGCGAAGAUGAAGACGGCGGGUAUCGGUCGUAUCUCGAUGGUCGCCAACAGAUCGGGGGAUAUUUUCCCAUCGAGGAGCUGGGAGAAGUACGCUGUCGGAAUGUAAUUUAUGCGAUGCUGCAUCCUGAUCCUUGUCGGAGGAUUAGGGCUGCCGAUGUGCUCCGGUCUGAGUGGUUGUACAAUAUGAGACUUUGCGAGGCGGGAGAGAUGGGCUUUUAAAUUUCAUCUUCAUUGGAAAAACAAGCUUAAAUUUCAUGCUACUAUCGUACAG